AAUAGAUGCUCGAAAUGUUCAUUCCUACCCGUCGGCAAUGGCCUCUCACUCGCCGUCUCACUCCUCUCGCACUAGCGCUCGCUUCUCCCAAACCCUAGCUCCUCCUCCGUAGCUCUCAGCUCCAGCUCCAGCUCCGGCGAUGGCCUCCGUCCCGCACUCGCCGCCGGUGAUCCGCAAGUCGGGCAACCUAAUGGUGUUCGUCACGCCACCGGCGGAGCCCGAGAGCCCGAGGUCCGAGUUCUCUACGCCCCCGACGAGUCCCCGCGCCGAGGAAUCCCCUGAAUCGCCGCCGGCGCAGAUGGCCCCUCCGCCCACGCCUAUUUAUUCGGUUUCGGUCUCCACGCCGCCACUUGUCAAGACGGUCUCUCCGCCACUUCAUGCGGAGAAGCUCUCCCGACCCUCGCUGGUCCAGGUACCGCCGCCGCUUGUCAAAACGGUGUCUCCACCUCUUCCCGCGGAGAAGCUCUCCCGACCCCCACUUGUCCAGGUACCGCCGCAGCCCGUCAAGUCUCUCUCAACGUCGCUGCAGGCACCAAACCUCUCUUCCGGCUCCUUGCCAUCCGUUCAGGUGCCGCCGUUGCAGUUCGCGAAGGUGUCGGCAGGGUCGGACGGAUCGCUGCUAGCGUUCUUCUGGGACGCGGUUGCACACGUGCAAAAAGCACACUCGAGGUUGGACAAGCACAUCUCGAGAUGGUUCGGGCUGGACCAGUCCAAGUACCAGUGGGCGCUCAACGACUAUUUUGAGAGGACCGGACAGGAGAUAGAUUCGAGCACGCUGGAGCACAGUUGUAAAAAUUCAGAAAGCAUGACAAAGUGAAUUAUUUAUACCUUUAUGUGUGUAACUAAGCUGAUGCCGUGUCAAGCUGCAUAUACCUUUUGGUUUCAUGAAGAUUGAGGCCUCCUUUUCUGCAUACGGAAGCGCUUGGUUGUAACAAAUCCAUCUGUUAGCAGCUUCACUGUAGUUCCGUUGUUGAUAAAGAAAAAAAACCUAGUUCCUACUUUUUUAAUCGCUUUCACAACAGCUACUCUGCCCCGUUGAAAUUACUGUCUUUUCCUCCUGGACCAUCCACUGGUGCAUCGACAGAUUUCCAUGGGAUAAAUUCCUCGACAACGACGGGGAUGGAAGAAAAAGCUUCACCGACAUGACUAGUUUGGCAGUGAGGAGAGAAAAAUCCUUUGGAAACCAAUCCAUGGAUUUUAGAUGUCACCUUAUUUUCGGAUAGAAUCUCCCCUCUUCGGUGUACUCUCCUCUUCGGUGUACUCUCCUCUCGGUGUACUUAUUUAACAUUGUUUGGGAAGCAAUAAGC